AUGAACUCAGUAACUGUGGAUAAAUGCCGCAAAUUGACCCUUCUCCUUGGCGCAGUUUCACGUACUCUUUUGCUCACCGCUUGUGAUGAUUGUUUGAUAAUUAGUCCGGCUAGGCAGGUCAUUGUGUCUAGCUGCCGCCGCUGCACACUACAUUUACUUACCCCUUCGCGGCCCCUACUUCUGCAGCCGCCACCGCCUCCUCUAAGUGGGCCCCUGACACCCUCGGCGACUGGAGGAGUUGGAGCCAGUGGAGCGUAUAUUGGUGGUAAUCUCAGUCACUCAGGGAGCGGUCUGAUUGCAGACACUGUUGCAAUGGCUGGAGAAGCUGCCGGUAGCACUGGCACCACUGCAUGUGCUAACGUGGCUUCUGGUCGUAAUCUCGCUAGCCCGGCCUUUGGGAGCUCUGCUGGACCGAUUAUUUCCAGUGGCGCAUUGGGUAAUGAAGAUGUUGUCCUCGCACCAUAUCAUACUGCUUACCCGCGCCUCCUCGAUCACCUGACAAGAGCAGGCCUACAUCGCAAGGUUAACUUCUGGGAUCAACCCUAUCUGCUAGGCAAGUAG